GAGAGAGCGAUCUGUCCUCUGCAGUUCCUGCAGGCUUUGCUGCUGGAGGCCCUGAGGAAGCAAGCAUGAGAUGUUAUCCAGAAGCAGGGUUGUGUGAACCCACUGAACCUAAUGAUGCUGUGCUCUCCUCCAUCUGUGAACAUGAUAGUGCAGAAGAUACCAGAAUCAGGAAAUCUCUUGAUGGCUUUUACAAAAUGUAUUGUGAAAAACGGCCAGACAGAACAGAUCCCACCUACGAGGCCACAUCACGAUGCCUGUCACGGAAGAUUUCAGAGCUAGCAAGCCGGGAUGGAACAAAAUAUGCCUCGCGUUGCCUGCAAAUGGCCCAAGUGGUCUUGAACAGAGAUGGGUGUAAGAUCUUUCCCAACCACCCCACUACUGCUUGCUUUUCAAAGCCAGCUGAAGGAGAAGUCGUGUUGGAAGACAUAAAGAGAACACCUGGACUCUCCGAUGAUGUCCUGCAAUUCCUCUUGAAACAAACACGGACAGAACAGGGCCCUGCCGUGUCACAUGAGAAGUGA